AAGAAGAAGAAGAAGAAGAAGAAGAACGUCAGUGUAGCAUAGCUCGAAAUCUACAGCACAAACAAACAAACUAAGAAAAUAGACGGAGAAACAGAUCACGUUUUCACUUCAUGUAAAUCUGGGCAUGAUGUCGGGGGCUCCAGCGGUGCGCGUGAGCAUCGAGUCGUCCUGCGAGCGGCAGGUGCAGGAGGUGUCUCUGGACGGCCUGGAGACCUACGCCCCCCCGCUCUCCAUGUCCCAGAACCUGGCCAAGCUGGCGCAGCGGAUCGACUUCGGCCAGAGCUCGGACGAGGACGAGGACGGGCUGGAGCGGGACAGCCAGCAGUGGAGCAAGCCGGAGGCCGAGGAGGACGAGGGUAUGGUGAAGUUCCAGCCGUCGCUGUGGCCGUGGGACUCGGUGCGUAAUAACCUGCGCAGCGCUCUCACGGAGAUGUGUGUGUUGCACGACGUGCUCAGUGUGCUCAAGGACAAGAAGUACAUGGCGCUCGACCCCGUGUCCCAGGAUCCCUCAGUGGGAAAGACGCCGCAGGUGUUCCAGCUGCUCAGCAAGAAGAAGUCUCUGGCCACGGCCGCGCAGCUGCUGCUGAGAGGGGCGGAGAAGCUCACCAAGUCUGUGGUGGAGAACCAGGAGCAGCGGCGGCAGCGCGACUUCAACUCGGAGCUCCUGCGCCUGCGCUCGCAGUGGAAACUGCGCAAAGUCGGAGACAAGAUCCUGGGGGAUCUCAGUUACCGCAGUGCCGGCUCUCUGUUCCCGCAUCACGGCACGUUUGAGGUCCUCAAGAACACAGACCUGGACCUGGAUAAGAAAAUCCCCGAUGAUUAUUGCCCGCUCAACGUGCAGAUCCCCAGCGAACUGGAGGGAUCCGCCUACAUUAAGGUGUCCAUUCAGAAACAGUCUCCUGAUAUCGGAGACCUCGGCACAGUCAAUCUCUUCAGAAGACAAGCUAAAGCUAAACCGGGGUCUCAGAUGUGGCAUUUAAAGCUCGAAGCUGCUCAGAAUGUGCUGCUGUGUAAGGAGAUUUUCGCCCAGCUCUCACGUGAAGCCGUUCAGAUCAAAUCACAGAUUCCUCACAUCGUCGUCAAGAACCAGAUCAUCUCGCAACCCUUUCCUGGUCUGCAGCUGUCCAUCUCUCUCUGCCACUCCACUGGAGAAAAGAAAAACCAAAGAGCUUCACCAGACAAGAGCAAACCAGACGACCACCUGUAUGUGUUAGAGCACAACCUCCACCAGCUCAUACGAGAGUUCCACAAGCAGACGCUGAGUUCGGUGGUGAUGCCGCACCCGGCCAGCGCCCCGUUCAGCCACAAGCGCCUGCGGAUGGCGGGACCCAUGGCCUACGACAAGGCCGAGAUCAGCGCUCUGCAGCAGAGCGAAGGACUCCUGGAGAAGAUCAUCAAACAGGCCAAACACAUCUUCCUGAGGAGCAGGACGGCUCGAACCAUCGACAGUUUGGCCAGUCGUAUAGAGGACCCUCAGAUCCAGGCUCACUGGUCCAACAUCAACGAUGUGUAUGAAUCCAGCGUCAAAGUGCUCAUCACCUCUCAAGGAUACGAGCAGAUCUGCAAGUCGAUCCAGCUGCAGCUGAACAUCGGAGUGGAGCAGAUCCGAGUGGUGCACCGGGACGGCCGCGUCAUCGCGCUCUCACACCAGGAGCAGGAGCUGCAGGACUUCCUGCUGUCACAGAUGUCGCAGCAUCAGGUUCAUGCGGUGCAGCAGCUGGCUAAAGUCAUGGGCUGGCACGUGUUGAGCUUCAGUAAUCACGUGGGCCUCGGCCCCAUCGAGAGCAUCGGGAACGCCUCCGCCAUCACGGUUGCGUCUCCCAACGGAGAAUACUCCAUCUCAGUGCGCAACGGCCCCGAGAGCGGCUGUAAGGUGCUGGUUCAGUUCCCGCGCAGUCAGGCCAAAGAGCUGCCCAAGAGUGACGUGGUGCAGGACGCCAAGUGGACCCACCUGAGGGGUCCGUACAAGGAGGUGCACUGGGGCCGCAUGGAGGGGAGAAACUUCGUCUACAAAAUGGAGCUGCUAAUGGCCGCCCUGACGCCGUGUCCCUGA